GACGCCCGGGGCUGCUGCCGGCUCGGGCCGCGGACGGCCGCCCGGCGCGCGAGUCCCCUCGCUGCCCGCCCCCCUCCCGAGAAGUCAAAUCCGGCUUUUGGAGCCCGAGCCCGGGAGGGUGGGGAUAUCCGGUGCCUCUCCCGCGCCAGGAGGAAGGGGGAGGGCGGAGAGGAUCCUCGGCCAGUCUGCGCCGAGCAGAUUCAAACCAAAACAAAAAGAUUAAAGGAGCAGCGGCCGGGGCGCCGCGGUCCCGGCUCGGACACCCGGGUGGCGCGCCCGGGUUUCGCUGGGGCUGUGCGGGCGCGGGGCGCGGCGCGCGGCGGGGCUGGGGGCGGGGGAGCGGGAGCCGGGCGUAGCGGGGGGAGCCGAGGGGAGGGCCCGGCCGGAGGAGGCGGACCGCCGCUCGCCGCCCGCCGCCCGCGCCGAGCCGAGCGAGCCGCCCGGGCUGGGCGCGACCCGGGCCAGCAGCGGCGCAGAGAGCGGGCGGAGGCGCGGGCCAUGCUGCGGCUGGCGCCGGCCGGGGCCCGGGCCAUCGUGGACAUGUCGUACGCUCGCCACUUCCUGGACUUCCAGGGCUCCGCCAUUCCCCAAGCCAUGCAGAAGCUGGUGGUGACCCAGCUGAGCCCCAACUUCCGCGAGGCCGUCACCCUGCGCCGGGACUGCCGGGUGCCGCUUCCCGGGGACGGAGACCUCCUCGUCCGGAACCGAUUUGUUGGUGUUAACGCGUCCGACAUCAACUAUUCGGCAGGCCGCUAUGACCCUUCCGUGAGGCCCCCCUUUGACAUAGGUUUCGAAGGUGUCGGGGAGGUGGUGGCGCUGGGCCUCUCUGCCAGUGCCAGGUACACAGUCGGCCAGGCCGUGGCGUACAUGGCACCUGGCUCUUUUGCAGAGUACACAGUUGUGCCUGCCAGCAUUGCAACCCCCUUGCCCUCGGUGAAACCCGAGUAUCUCGCCCUGCUGGUAAGCGGCACCACCGCCUACAUCAGCCUGAAGGAGCUCGGAGAACUGUCGGAAGGGAAGAAAGUUCUGGUGACAGCAGCAGCUGGGGGGACGGGCCAGUUUGCCGUGCAGCUUUCAAAGAAGGCCAAGUGCCAUGUAAUUGGAACCUGCUCUUCUGACGAAAAGUCUGCUUUUCUGAAAUCUCUUGGCUGCGACCGUCCCGUCAACUAUAAAACUGAGCCCUUGGGUGCCGUCCUUAAGCGGGAGUACCCCAGAGGCGUGGACGUGGUCUAUGAGUCUGUGGGGGGCACCGUGUUCGACUUGGCCGUAGACGCCUUGGCUACCAAGGGGCGCUUGAUAGUCAUUGGGUUUAUCUCUGGCUAUCAGACUCCAACCGGCCUUUCGCCUGUGAAGGCGGGAACGUUGCCAGCCAAGCUGCUGAAGAAAUCUGCCAGCGUCCGGGGCUUCUUCCUGAGCCAUCACAUGUCUGAGUACCAAGCAGCCAUGGACCACUUGCUCAAGAUGUGGGAGAGUGGAGACCUGGUUUGCGAGGUGGACCUUGGAGAUCUGUCUCCGGAAGGCAGGUUUACUGGCCUGCAGUCUGUAUUCCGUGCCGUCGAUUACAUGUACAUGGGGAAAAACACUGGAAAGAUUGUAGUUGAAUUACCUCACUCUGUCAACAGUAAGCUGUAAAAACAGAACAAUGACAUAAAUCAAAGGAGAAAGAAAAUGGGUACUUUAUGCCUCAGAAUUACUCAAAUCAAUUUAUUUUUAGUUGGUAAGGGAUAUGAUAUGUCUUAAAACAAAAGUAAGAUAUUAAUGAAUGGGUUUCUCCCUCUCUGUUCUUUUCUUCUUCCUCCUCCCUUGAAAAAAAAAAACAAAAAACAAAAUGUGCUAAUAAAAAUCUCCCUCCAUGGCUAAGAGGUAAAAUGUUUACAUUUAAUUCUUUAGUCACGGACAGUCUCAUUCCAGAUUUUAUUGUUCCAGGGAACUAAAUGAAUUCCUGAUGCAAGAUCUGAUCAAAUCAGUAUGUCUUCAGCUUGAUGAGAUUUUAAAAUCAGCCUUGAAAAUAGUUCACAAAUUCUCCUUUGCUCUGGGAGGAUUUGGUCUCAUGCUAAUCGGUACUCGCUAAGUGAGCGACAUGGCACAAGUCAGCCAGCCACGUGUUGUCAGCAUCCGUGUCCUCAGGACAACGGCCCCUUUUCUCUGCAAAUCACUGAGCAGCUAUCUAGACAGAAAUGCGAGGGAAUCCUGCCCCAAAUUCGAUUUUGUUGCGUUAUUAGAAAAGUGGUUAGGUGAACACAGAUGCAUUUUCAAGAAGUAUCUGUUACUUCGUGGCUUUUAUCUACGGUCACCGGGAGGUGAGACACGCGAGUGGAAAACGUACCUGCCCUCUUAAGAAGCAAAUCCGUGCUGAAAACUCACGUAGACGGAAAGUGGGUUUUGGACAGGGAGACCGAGGAGAUGGGGGGUCUGUGUAAGAUGAACACACCCGGGAGAGGGGCAGGGCGUGCUCCAGGCUGGCAGCGAGGGUUCAGGCAGCCCGGCGCGGACCGCAGAGGGGAGACGCUCUCUGGGCUCUCGGCGGGAGAUUAAUAACAGCGUGCUCCGGGCGCCUGACGCAGGACGCAUCAGAUAGCACUGAGCACAAUGGGGACCUAAGUGAUCUAAAAUAAUAAUACAUCUGCUUCUCCUCCGAGGCUUUCAGGCGUGGGAGGUGCGGGUUAUCUCUGACUGUGGAACGCAGAACUGUGCUCCCAUUCUCGCUCCCCCCAGUGUUCUGGUGGAGUGACACGCUGGUUGUCACCGUCGCCUGGAGUGACACAGCCAUCCACCGACCACACGGGAAGAGCCUCGAGACCUGCGCCUCCCCUGAAUCGCGCCCACGGCGGAUCCGCUCGCCUCUGAACCCCCGUGCCCAGGCCUGCCGCAGCUCUCGCCGUCGUCACGCCGAAAUCCCGAAAUCCCACGGCGCCCUGCCGAAGGGAGGUGAAGCCCACCCGGUUAUUUUUCCCAGUCUGGGGCUCCCGCGUGUGCAACGUGCUCAGUAAAUACGGACCCAAUUAAAGAGGCUCCAGGAAAAGUUGGGGACCGUAUUUAAUUUUUUUUCUUCCCUUCCCUGUAAGGAACAAGGAAAUCCUGCUGCCGAGUAGCUGUUAGUAUCUAUUUUACAAGAUUUACUCAUUUUCGGGUACCUAAUGUAGCUGCUAGCAUGCAUGCACAACAAUACAAUUUAUAUGGUAAAUGGAACCAAAUAAUGGCUUCACUGAAUGUUAUGGCUGCACUGAAGGGAAAUGUCACGGUAAAUAGCUGCCAAAUUAUGGAUCAUGCCGGAGUGUCACAACUGCACUAAAGACAAAUAGCACUAGAGGCUAUUGCCACUGUGACGCGUCUGAGUUAUGAAGAAGGGUAGCCGCCUGAUGUGAGGCUCUUUGUGUCCUCAUUAUAGCAAAGGGUUACUGGUGCAGGGGACAGGGAGAGCUCGUCCAGUGUGGUGCUUAGUUAUUAAUCUGUCCCUUUCAGCCCUAACAGCUACAGCAAAACGGGAAGAGACUUUGCCUCGCUUUUAGACACACAAACAAACAAAGGGGGAGAAACAGGUUUUAUGAAUGUGACUGCGCACAGGAAAUGACUGGUAAUGGAAAAAUGUCGUAAUAAAAUAAUCUAAUCAAGGAAUAUUAUUAAAUUUAACAUAGUAUAUGUCUGAAAAAGGCUUAGUUGCUUCUUAUGCAGAUAGAUGUGUGAAAUCUGAGCAAUAAUGUACUUUCUCCCUUUGUAAAGACUUGAGGAGUAAGGACAUUACCAACUAAAUUGCUUCUUCUAAACUGAAGUGAGUCCCGGUUUCUUUCAUUUUAAUGGGAGGGUAAUAAAGAUGAAAGACCAACAUUUUAACUGAUGGAUCCCUUAAGCUACAGAAUAGAAAUUUAUUAUGUUUUCAGGGAAUAUACUAAAUCCAGCUAUGUAAAAAUAAAAUUCAAACACCCAGGUUUAAAAUAAAAUAUAAUCUGAAAACCUCAUGUUCUCUCUUUCCCCAAACUAAGAAAGUACAGUGCAUGCUGUUUUCAUUUAUUCUUAGAAAACAAGCAUGAAAGAUUCCGCCCAUUCAGAUAAUGCCAAAAAUAUGUUUAAACUUUUUUUUUUUUAUUCUUUUGAAAAAUGAUUUGUAAAUUGAGGGUCACAGUUCAGCAUCAGUUUCAUCUUCUGGGAUUAUUGUUCAUGACGAGCCUCUAAUGGGAGGUGAAAUUGUGCAGUGGGCUCAACACCUUUCUUCGGAACUGUAUUACAUAUCACCAAAAGUACAUCCAUAAUUCAGGGCAAUUGUCAGUCUUUGUUUUAGAAAAGGGGCCAGGGUGGAACAAUCACAGUGGAUAAAUUAUUUCUCAGUUCUCAGUGUGGCCUUCUCUGCACAUCGGGCUUAAGGUCACUGGCCGGGCAGGGUGGAAGGAGCUUGCCUCUUGGGAAACCAAGGAGCCCCACCGAUCCCUUAUAACUUCUAAAGAGCCUUCAGUUAUAACUUCUAAAGAGCCAAAGCUCUUCCUUUAAACCUGUUUUGCACGUGAAUCAUACCAACAAUGUCAUUUGGGGUCCCUUUGGUGAUGAAUACUUGCUGUUAACUGAUUUCAGCAUUAAAAA